AUGCUCGAACCAGCAGAUAUUGAGGAAGCUCUGAUGUAUUGGUACCUCUGCUACCCUGCCUACUGCUUGGCCAUGAUAUGUGCAAAGAUAUCGGUCGGCCUAUUCCUCCUCCGCGUCACUGUUCAACCCCUCUACCGGCGCAUCAUCUACACCGUCAUGUGCGCGACAGUGAUUACUGGUCUUGUCUUCUUUUUCAUUUCCGUGCUCCAGUGCAGCCCAGUCACCUACUUCUGGGAAAAGUUCUCUGGUAGUGGGACUUGCGUCAAUAUCAAUGCCAUCAUCGGCAUCGCCUUCGCGUACAGUGCCGUUGCCUCGGUUUGCGACUUCACCUUCGGUUUACUCCCGAUCUUCCUGGUAUGGAACUUGAACAUGGCCAAGAAUCAGAAGCUCAUGUUGAUUCCCAUUCUAAGUAUGGCCUGUGUCGCGAGUGUUGCUGUUACCGUCCGCAUGGGUUACUUGAUGAAGUUCAAGAGUCCCGAUUUCCUAUGGGAUACUCUCGACGUAGCCAUCUGGUCCGAUAUCGAGCAAGGCUUGGCCAUUACAGCGGGCAGUCUGGCCACCCUCCGGCCCCUCUACCGAGAAAUCACGAAGAGCCUGCUAGGAUGGACCGAUGCGAACACCGGCCCCUUUCCCUCAGAAGGAAAGAACUCGCGAGGAUGGUAUCGCACACCUUCUAGUGACCAUCAUCAGAAGAAGAGUGGGCCGUUCAGUCUUGUGUCGAUAACACGGGCUGGAGAUGAGACGAGGAGGAGCGGGGAGAGUGAUGAAGAGUUAGCCGUCCGAACGCGAAAGCCAACGCCUAUCAAGCUGAGGAAUGAUCUCAUGGACGAACACGAGCAGAGCAAAGGAUUCAAUUCGUGGCGAAUCCAGGUUGGCGAUCGAAGCGAGGAGGACUUGACGGUUGCGCACGGCAUCACCAAACAGACAGACGUGUUUUUGCAAAGCAGCCACCAGCGAUGA